UCCAGAUGAAAGCAGAGAUUAUUUAUUUCUCUGGGGUAGAAAGAGGGAGGGAAGGACAGGCAGCAGCAUUCAACGCCGACAGUCUUGUCAGAAGCGCCGAUUUGAUGCGUCUGUCCAUCACGAGACGUUAACACCCGAUCGAGGGCUCCUUCAAAGUUUGGAUUUUCUUGCACAGCCCGCGCGUACUUUGUGCCAACCCGAGCAGGUGGAUGCUGUCAUGCCAUUUGGGUGCCUUGCUCUGCGGGAUGGGCGGACAUACAACAGCCUGUCUGACAUCACCGACAAAUACGAGAUUGGACAGGUCCUCAAGGCGAAAGAAUUUUGCGAGCUGUGUCUCGUAAAGGAACGGCAGACGGACAAGGUCUACGUGUGCAAGAAAUUCCUCAAGAAGGAUGGCAGAAAAGUGCGCAAGGCUGCCAAGAACGAGAUCAUGAUCUUGAAAAUGGUCAAACAUCCAAACAUUCUCCAGCUGAUUGAUGCAUUCGAGACCAGGAAAGAGUUCUUCAUCAUACAAGAGCUGGCCACAGGUGGAGAUGUGUUUGAUUGGAUAUUAGAUCAGGGGAACUACACAGAGAGAGAUGCGGCCAAUGUAAUCCGUCAAGUCUUGGAAGCUGUGGCCUAUCUUCACUCCCUCAACAUAGUCCACAGAAACCUAAAGCUGGAGAACCUUAUGUACUAUAGAGAGAGUAACCACAACAAAGUUGUGUUGCGGGAUUUCUACCUGUCCAGGUUUGAGAACGGCUCGAUCACGGAGCCAUGUGGGACACCUGAGUACCUUGCCCCUGAAGUGGUGGCUCGUCAUCGGUACGGAAGGCCGGUGGAUUGUUGGGCUGUGGGGGUCAUUAUGUUCAUACUGUUGUCUGGAAACCCCCCCUUCUAUGAUGAAACGGAGGAGGAGAACACAGACAUGCACAACAGGAUCAUCUUCUGCCGUAUUGUUGGUGGAGAGUUUGAAUUUGAUUCGCCAUAUUGGGACGACAUUUCACCUGCUGCAAAAGAGCUGGUGUGCAGACUGAUGGACGUCGACCAGAUGCUGAGAAUUACUGCCCAAAAUGCGCUAUUGCAUGAAUGGAUCGCUGGAAACGGGGCUUCGGAAAAGAAUUUGAAGGAAGGCGUGUGUGCUCAAUUUGAGAAAAACUUUGCAAAGGCCAAGUGGAGGAAAGCAAUUCGUGUCACCACAUUCAUGCAGCGUCUCAGAGCCUCAGAAAUGGGAUCAUCUGAUGGAGCGGUAGAGAGCCACGGUGAACGGGUCAGAGCAGAAGGGUUAGAUGGUAAGGGACCACAAACAGACUCGGCUGUGAACAUGUCACAUGAGGUGACCGUUGAAAGCAGACCCGGGGAGAAUCAAGAAGAGAAAUCAGGACACAGAAAAGCAGAGAAGGAGCCUUCAGAACUUGCAGAGCCACUUGCCAAAUCAAACAGCUCUUUAAAACAAGGAGAGGAGCAGAAGAAAGAUGAAAAUAAAGAGUCUACAGAAGGAACUCACGAAAAGGACGUUGCAGGCCAGGAGAAAGCAUCAACAGAAGAGAGCCAGAAAUCAGCACCUACUGAGCCCAUGAAAACCUCGAGCAGAGAGAACAGUGUUCCUGUCGGCAAUGUUGAGAAGGAAUCGUCAUCUUUCCCCGAGACGCCAAAUCGGCGUAAAAUUGCUGCCAAUCUUUCGAUGGAUCAUGGCUUAUGUUAUGAUGCGAAAACUGAUACGGUAUCAACCGGAAAGGAACAGUCUGUUAAAAAAGAGAACAAGACCAAAGCGGUGCCAGAUGUACAGCCGAGCAGCUGGUGUCAAACACAACUUCCAGAGGCAGUAGCAGAGAGGCCAGUAGAAGUUGGGGCUGUCGGAGAGGUUAAGCCCAAGAGAAAAGAUCUAAAGAAAGCAAAAACAGACAAGGGUAGCCAGUCAGUGAAAAACAUCCAGUGUACAUAUGAAGGAUUCGGGUCAUCAAGCCUCGGCCGUGACAAAAAAGUAUUUAUGCAGGAUGUACAAGAGAUCCACAGUGCGUCUAGAUAUGGGAACCCAUACUGUCCAACCUAUUCUGUUAGCGGCGGGGCUGUGUACGGUGGUCUCAUACCAGGGGGCGGAGCCGGUGCUGAUUGGCAAAUGGACAGCGUAAUUGAACAAAUAGAAAAGCAAAUGGCUGCCGUGUUGGAGAAGAUCGAGGGAGACAUGCCUUCAUUGCUAGAGCAGAUCAGCGAUCAUCCCGAGACCCUGCCGAGAGCCAAGAGCGCCAGUUCUUCACCUUCACCACGACCUCGAACACAACAUCAUUCGACCCCUCCGCCUCUACCUACCACACCACGUCCAACGAUGCCCUCUCUACCACAUCUAACCAUCCCCCCUCCCGCUUACCCACCACCCUCUCCACCCAGUCAAGUCCAGGGUCAUCCAACCGCUGAUGAAGAUAACAGUGAUGGUCAAAGGGAUACAAUGCGGUCUGGCCAGUCACCAAAGGGAAGUGUGUGAGGAAAAGGGUUGUAAAUACGUUAUAAGAAUGUGUAGGCUCAACAGUGAAGUAGGUCAACCAACUAAAAUAAAAUCUUUUGCCUGAGGGUUUCUGACAUGAAAUUAGAGCAUACCUUUGGGGGCUGUACAAUGUUUUGGGGUUCAAGCUGAAAUAUUAAGAGAUUGUAUUUAACUGAUAAGCAGCUUUUUUAUGUUUAAAGAGGAAAGUGUCUUAGAGGUUUGAGGCAGAACAAUAUUUUGUAGUAUAAAAUCCAACAGUUAAGACUACUUUAACUGGUUGUAAAUAACUCAGCACUAUCAUUGAUGAUAGCAUAGUUGUAAUGUCCUGUUGAGAAUGCAAGCUUGAUAUGGUUUACUUGGAUGCAAGAUCAAUUUGUGUAGAAACAUCACCUUUCAUUAAACAGCAAAAAUUUGCUCUUCACCAAGCAGUGACUUUAGGGGAUAUUUUUAUUUUCUCGCUUCAUCGGUCUUGGAUUUUUGCUCUAAGAUAGUGAAGUUGAAGCAGUGCAUGUGCUUACUUUCUACUUUCUGUAGUAUUUCAAAGACAAUUCAGUCUAUUCAAUCUAUAUACUCUCAAAUUGUACAGAUCUUUACACAACAAUCUUUAUUGAUAGGAAAUAAAAAUUCUAACAGAACAGGAAAACAGGAGACUAGCAUUUGCUCUUUUAUUUAUUUUUCAUUUAUUUAUUAUGGCAGUUAUAUGUGUCCAUCUGUGUGUUUAAUUCUAACCCCUUUGCUCUCUUUUCUCAAAUGAUGAUGAAUAAUAGUAAUUUUGCUAAUAUAUCCUGAAAUAUCUCAUAUCUACUGUAUAUGCCGCGAAUGUAUGUGAAAUGUAACUGUUGCUUCCACUUUCCUAAAUAUUAUAGUUUUGGUGAUGUGAAUAUUCUUUCAAGCUAUUUUUGCACACUCUGUGAAAAUUUCAAUAAAACUCAAAU